GCAACCGAUGUCCCGGCAGAGCUAAGGGACUGGCACUAUGGAGUACAGCGGGACCUGGAUGCCAAACAGGCCGAGUACUCUGAAGGCCGAUCCCGCCCAGCACCAGCUGUGGCCGCCUCGUCUUCGGAACUAACCCCGCCGGUUGUGACAGCUUCCUUCGAUGAGGUGAUCGACGCUAUUCCGUACAGAACCGAGGCGAGCCGAACCUUUUCGGCAGCUAAGGCAGCUCGUGUACCCGAGCCAGCUGCGGAACCAGCCAGUUCAUCUGCAGCCCCGCCUAGCGGUGGCCGAAGGUCGAAUGUCAACCCAAACGACCUCGUCGGGUACAAGGUUGAAGACGAUGGCUACCUCAACGAGAUGCUCGGGGUGGACGACAACACGUUCGCCCGGCUCGCUGGUGACAAUCCAGAGCACGAAAAAGUGAUCACCAUCAAGCAGCCAGACAUCCCGAUGGAUUACAUCCUGAAGCCGCCGCGGUAUGUUGACAAGCACGGCAAAUGGAUCAUCGGGGUUGUCAGAGGCUCGAUCAUGGAGUGCAGAAGCCGCAUGGGGAAGUGGAUCCGGCUGGAAGAACUUUUGAAUGAGUACGUCGACGGUGGAGUAUGGCCAAUCUGGGUGUCCGCCAGUCAUGGCCACAGUGCCCGCAUUCAGGCUGAGAUCGAUGACGCCUCUAUCGCAACGAAGUGGCUCGAUCCCAGACGAAGGGGCAUCGACAGGAUUCCAGCCGCCUAUAAAGGCAGGCCAUUCCUUUGUCGAGGCGAUGAGGGAUUCCCCAACAGGCUCUACCACCGCACUACUCAUGAUGCGGCGUUCAACAUCCUCGAGGACGGUUUGGUUCCAGGCUUUCGCCACUCCGGCAAGUAUCAUUGCUACUUUGCGAAAGCCACCCUGGCUGAGCUUGGCAACAAAGCUGGGGUACGAGCCAACCUCCACGUGGAAUUGGUCUUCGACACCAUCGAAGUGCUCAAGCAUGCGUAUCUGUUCGAAACAGAAUCCGAAGGCAUCUUGUGCUCCGAGCGUGUCCCUGGCGAGUGUGUCCUCUAUGUCAGAGAUGCAGAGAGCAACGAGACGUUGUGGACGCGGCCGUCUCCUGGCGACGAAGAAGUCGAAGUCAUUGUGGAAAUCGCAGGCGAAACCACAAUCGACGACGACGACGAGCCAGCAGACCUUUUCA